GACCAAAGUUUGGUCUUGAAAAAACAGCUACUUAUGUUAGCUAUAAUAAGACCGCUAUUAUUAAAGUACUUCAAAAAUUUCACCAAAACAAGGAUUUAACUGAUAGACCAAGAUAUGGUUGCCAUCAUAUCACAACUUCUACCUAA